ACAUCGUCACACACGGCCCAGACACACGCGCUCGCGCAUUGCACGCACACACAUCCACGCGCGGUGAAUUUCAGCCCAGCCAUGGCUCCCUGGUAGAUGCUCAAAGCGGCUGUUGUCAGAGCGAAUUAAAUCUCCCCUCCUCUCCUCUGCUCUGCUCCGCUUGCUGGUUUUCCUCCUGACCUCGCUUGCCUCCGCUCGGGUUUUUCAAUAUUUUAUUCAGGAUUCCUGCGCUGUCUUCUUCUACAUGGCUACAUCAGAUGGACUAGACGGCUGUCUGCAGCGAGGCAGAUCUCAAAGUGACCCGAACAUACUCACGGAACCGGGCAUCGAUUUGUCUCACGGCACAGUUGAACUUGUGGACCAGCAGAGGGUGCUGCGAACAGGCUGCCUGGUGACGGGGGUUCACACUCCACCCAUCCGACGUAACAGCAAGCUGGCAACCCUGGGGCGAAUUUUCAAGCCCUGGAAGUGGAGGAAAAAGAAAAAUGAGAAACUCAAGCAGAGCUCCACAGAUGUAGCAUUAUCCAGCGGUCUCCUGUGCCAUGAUCCCAGCUCUCCCACCCAAGGUUGCUGCUCAGAUGGGACAGUCUUACUCGGUGGGUUUGGGGCACCUUUGAAUCCAAACCUCACAGUCAGCAGCGUGGAGUACCUCGGUCCUGACGAGGAGCUUCCCUCUUCAGUGGCUGCUCCUCUCCAAGACUGCGACCGUUUGGAGGAGAAUGUAGCACCGUCAGAGGAGAAUGCAGAGGAAGAGUCACGCCCAGCGGGGGACCUCCCCGAGGGGCUGCAGGACACGGGAGAGCACAUGGAAGAGCGAUCGGAAGAGGAAAUCGCUCCCGGAACGUCGCCACCACAAGUACCUCCUAAACAUUUGCCCCAGCUGAGUUCUGGAGACGAUUCAGGACCUGUAUCGCUCCCUACUCACCUGCCCAACUCCUACCUCCCCAAAGAGCCUCUGCCCAGGGCCACAGAAAGCCUGACAUCGAUGACCCUGCCACUACGGGGGCCCCUGGCAAACCCUGCAGGGUCCCCACACCUGGGCAAUAUGAUCCACCCUCCCAUGCCUCCCAGCUGCAUUAUGGAGGAGCUGCAGAGGGCCUUUGCUUCCAAGAAUCGACAGGAGAGUGUCCACGAUGGGUGUGAUCUGGGCUCGCCCCCAAGGCUAUGGUGCUCCGACGGACGGCUGUCUCGCUCCUGCAGCUCUGACAACCAACACAAGUCGUCUUUGACCGGCGGCUGCAUAGGAGCGGGAGGGUCUGACUGGCCCAAGAAGGAAGCGGAGGAGAAUAAGGAGAACGUACGGCUGGACCAGUGCUUCUCCAAGACCUCAGGCCUCCCCUUCGACCUAGACAGCUGGAACGAGUCUGUCAUCUCUGGUACACUUCCUCGCAGGCUAAGGAAGGAGCUGCUGGCCGUCAAGCUACGAAACAGGCCGAGCAAGCAGGAGCUGGAAGACAAGAAUAUCUUUCCGGCACGGAGCGAUCAAGAGCGACAGGAAAUCCGUCAGCAGAUAGAGAUGAAACUUGCCAAGAGGUUGAGCCAGAGACCGAAUGUGGAGGAGCUGGAGAGUCGAAACAUUUUGAAACAAAGAAACGAUCAAACGGAGCAGGAGGAGAGGAGGGAGAUAAAACAGCGACUAAACAGAAAGCUCAAUCAGCGGCCAACAGUUGAUGAGCUGCGGGAGAGAAAGAUCCUGAUCCGCUUCAGUGACUACGUGGAGGUGGCCAAAGCUCAGGACUAUGACAGGAGAGCAGACAAGCCCUGGACUCGUCUCUCAGCGGCGGACAAGGCUGCAAUCCGGAAAGAGCUGAACGAGUUCAAGAGCACAGAGAUGGAAGUGCACGCCUCAAGCAAACACCUAACUAGGUUCCACCGGCCGUGAAAGACUGAAGAGUUUCUUCUGUGAAGAAAUGCUGAGCGUAGAAAUUUCCUUAAGCUGCCUGUCGCCAGCUCAGUGGUGACACAUCGAAGAACCUGAAGCCUUUUUUUUUUUAUUGUCUUCAGCGUGUCUUUAGCUUUCUACCGACACCCCUCAUAUUUAUCAGUAUGAAGAAACGGGUGUGGGAGAAACGACGGAGGGAUGUUUGCCGGCGUUGCGUCCCGGAGACCGCUGGGUGCGACACGGAAGCAGGCAGGCGGAAGAGACUUCGGUGGAAACCCUCUGACUCUCAGGAUGAGAGCAGAGGGAGGGGGGGGGGGAAAGACGAAAAAAAAACCCAAUCCUGUCAUUCUUUUUUUUGUACUAAUUCAAGGACUACUUUGACAAAUCGGUGUGAAUCCAUGUAGUGGGAAGAAGUAGUGCAUGUGACCACCUUUUCUUAACUGAUGAAUAAUGUGUCACUUGGACUGUGUACAGACUGUGAAGUCGGGUGAGAAUGCGUCGGGGAGGAAUUUGAUAUUGACUGUACAUACAGUAUGUCAAUCAGAACGGGACUGACAGUGUCUUCACUGAAAAGAGAAAUACCUUUGUAAGCACUACUUCAAAACUGUCUCCAAAAAUACAUGUUUUUUAAGAA